AUGCCGCCCCCGCCCUCACCCCACGCCCUCAUCCGCACCCUCCGCCCCUCCACCUCAUCAGCCCUCCCACGAUCGCUCUACCGCCGCGCUCCCACACCUGCAGCUCGCAUAUCACGCUGCACCCUCACAAUCUCCCACUCACAAUUCAGCCCUUCCAAGCCACCCGCCUCCCACGACCGCGGUCCCGCAAGCACAGAAGACACCCAAACCGACUUCGGCGCCCUCAACGUCCUGGGCGCAGUCGCCGCGCCCACGACCGGCAUCGACGCAUGCACCAACGAUGGCUUUGCGCUGAACUCUGGGCUCAGGGUCUCCGGGUCGGGAGUACUGUUGGUUGGCGGGGAGGCGUUUCGGUGGAGGCCGUGGUUACGGGAGGGGAGGGUCGAGGGGACGAUAGGAGGAGGUGGGAAAGGGAACGACAAAGGGGCCGGGGGAGGCGGGGUCGGGAAGAUGAGGGAUGCGAGGGGGAUGUGGGAGGUUGAUGAGGGGGCUUGGGGGGUGUUGGAUUUGGUGUGGCCGAAGCCUGAUCUCCUGAUAGUCGGCACAGGCCCAACAAUCGUGCCCAUAUCGCCGAAGACGCGGAAACACAUCAGCGAGCUGGGCAUACGGCUCGAGGUCUCGGAUACGAGGAACGCGUCCGCGCAGUUUAACCUGCUGGCGACGGAGCGGGGCGUGACGCAGGUGGCGGCGGCGCUUGUGCCUAUGGGGUGGAAGGAGGGGCGGUAG